ACGUAGUACUAGUACUUGCGUGCGAAGGUUUGGACGAAAUUGACUGCCCAACACAGUGUGAUUAUCCGUCAUGUGAAUGGUACCUUGAGAACGGCGAGCCAGACGAAGCCUACUGUGCGGCUCAGAUGACUACAUGUUUUGCACAGAAAACUUGUGGAUGUCUGGAAGGUACUUAUGGGCAGUGGAUGGGGCACUACUCGCUCUGUAUCCCCAAGGAAGAGUGCGGCUGCUUAGUCGAAGACGAGUAUGUUAAGUUGGACAAUACCUUCGUUAAGGCAGACGGGACCACUUGCAAAUGUGAGCAAGGCCAUCAAUGCAAUGCGGUCGUUGGCCGCAGGCCUCCUCCAGGGCCUCCUCGCGGUAGGCGAUGAAGCGUGAAGAAGGUUUCUGACGGGACGUGAGGUGGAAGCAGGGACAGUAUAAAGGAGUGUUUUUGUAACGCCAAGAGGGGUCCAGUCAGACGGAUUCAAAAAGCGAACCUUUUUGAGCUUUUAUUUAUUUUAUUUU